GUUCUCACUUUCCUCACUUCAAUCGCAACCUGAAAAGCUAAGAAAUGUCUUCUAUGCACUCAUCACUAAUACUUCUUCUAAUGGUUGGAGUGGUGGCUAUAACCACCACCGCUCCAACACUUGUGUUGGGUAAUUACUACGAGCCACCACCACUUGAGAACCCACCCACCUAUGAACCACCACCAAUCUAUAAGCCUCCAAUCUGGCCUCCACCGUUCCACAAUAAGCCUCCCUUUUAUCCACCUCCUCAUCAUGAGAAGCCGCCACCAGAACACGAGCCACCCUAUGAGAAGCCACCACCGGAGCAUGAGCCACCUCCUUAUGAGAAACCGCCACCAGAACACGAGCCACCACCUUAUGAGGAACCACCUCACGAGAAGCCACCACCGGAACACGAGCCACCUUAUGAGAAGCCACCACCAGAACACGAGCCACCUUAUGAGAAGCCACCACCAGAACACGAGCCACCUUAUUAUGAGCCACCUUAUGAAAAACCACCGCAUGAGAAGCCACCACAUCAUGAGAAGCCACCACAUCAUGAAAAACCACCUCACCAUGAGAAGCCACCCCACCAUGAGAAACCACCAUACGAGAAGCCACCCCACGAAAAGCCUCCACCGGAAUACCAGCCAUCACCACCUUAUGUGAAACCACCACCUGUGUACGAACCUCCCAAUGUGAAGCCUCCGCCAGUGUAUGAACCUCCCUAUGUGAAACCCCCGCCAGUGUAUGAACCUCCCUAUGUGAAGCCCCCGCCAGUGUAUGAACCUCCCUAUGUGAAGCCCCCGCCAGUGAAUGAACCUCCCUAUGUUAAACCACCGCCGGUGUAUGAACCACCCUACGUGAAGCCACCACCAUGGUACAAACCUCCGUUUGAGAAGCCACCGCCAUUAUACAAACCUCCGUUUGAGAAGCCUCCACCAUUGUACAAACCCCCGUUUGAGAAGCCACCAUCAUGGGAGAAGCCACCCAGCUACAACAGUCCCCCAUCCCCACCACCUUAUGGCCACUAUCCAACAUCCAAAAAUUGAUGGCUUAGCCUAUCAUUUUUGGUCCAGUGAAUGUAUAGGAGCAAUCCUUUCUUCGAGUUUCGUGAUUACCAAGCUGCUCCUUUUGAAUGAAGAUCGAUGUGAAGUACAAAGUGGAAUGUUAGUUGUUGUUGACAAAUAAAGAAAUAAUCUAUCUUGUAUUGAUUACAUUACGUACUGUACUUGCUUUAAUUUCAUGUAUUUUCCAGUUCAGCAAAUGUUGUAACUUGUAAACUUGUAAUGUCAAUUACUGGGUUGCCUCCGCCUCCAAUAAACAUGUCUUAGUGCUUAUUA